GCGCGAGCUUCUUUUCGAACCGACCUUGCGAUCUGGGACGUCGUUUGGUUAGGAAGCACCGACAAAAACAUCAAAACGUCGCUGCUGCUCGGGUGUACGUACACGUCGACACUUUGUGUGCACCGGGAGUUGUUCGGACGCAGCUGGCCCUUGGAGUGGACGGCAACAGCUUCUCUUCCGUAUCUUUGCUGUUCAGCUUGUGUCCGUGUCAAUGUCGCGGGGACAUCGCCCCUCGAGUUCCCAUCUUUCUUUUGGUUAGCGUGUAUGUCUUGUUCCUGCCCCUCCCUUUGCGAAAUCGGCGACUUUCGAUUUCCGGCCGGCGCGUCCUCGCUAGCUGGCCGUCUGCCUUGCCUUACAUCGCCAAGACAAAGAAGUUUCCCGGAACACAAAAUGGUAAGCCACACCGCAGGAUGCAGCUUGCCAUGGCGGAGGCGUCUCGGUGUUUUUUCGCUGGUCGCCACCGUACAAGGGGCUCUCUACCCUUCCGCAGUCCUCAGCUUGCGGAUGUCAGUCGGCACAGACACCCGCGACAGCAGCCUCAGUCCGCCAGUCGCAGUGCCGCCCAGCGCUGCUGCAGCAAGCAGCGCCUCUUCAUGGUUCAAUUCGUCUCCCUCUGAACUCUCGGCUCCUUCUUCAUCUGCUCCCGAACCUCCUUUCUUUUCGCCCUCGGCCUUGGGUUUUGGCCAACUAGCCCCCCCCCUCGUCAUGAAGGUGCCGCAGAUGCCUGCGUCCUCGUUGCCGCCGGUCCCGGACAAUUCCGAAACACACGAGCCUUGCUUGCUUCCUUCUCCCAUCUCCACGCAGUCGGCAUCUCUCUCCCUUCUGGAAGAAGCAGCAGAUCACACGGUGCCUCCGCAGGAGUCUACAGCUUCAACUGAAUCUGCGGCUUCUGGAGAAGCUGUAUCCUCACCGCCUUCUGACCUGAGUUGUACAGUCGCAUUUGAGGGACCGAUCAGCCGAGCCCCCACACUAACUCUGUCGUCUUCUUCGGACGCGGGUCCUUUCCUCGCUAUUUUCCGCGAUACACACCCAUCAGCGAACGGGUGGAUUCACGGAUUCCACAAGGAGCUACGCACGGGCUACAAAGGCCCCUUCGGCGGGGAGAAUGGCGAGUACGUGCGUUGCCAUCCACCGGCAGGUGCACACGAUUACGAGGUCCUCGUGUUUGACCAGGACUACGAACUUGGGCCGAAACUAAAGGCGAUGGCUCACACGACGUGGAACACCCGAGCUCGAGCGUUGGGGACCGAAGAAGACCUCAUCAAAGACAUCGCACACAACGCUCCCUCCGGUGCGACUCCCAAAAUCGUCACUAGGUGCUCCGUCACCGUCUCCCAUGAACAAAUCGCAGAAGGUCAAUAAGCGACGCAGCGGGCCUCGGGAAACGUAGACAAACCGUCAAAUACGAGGGAAGAGACAGCCGAGCAGUGCCACUACGUGCACCGAUACAGAUAGAUGUAAUCUCUAUAAAGUUUGGUUCAGAGGGAUUCUCUUCAUACACAGAGAGUAUGCAUAUGUGGAGAUACUCGCAUGCACAGGUGUCUAUGAGUUUUCAUCUGCGCCAUAAUGUAGCCCUCUUCCGGGAAAAGUGCGAGUCUCGUCGAGCGAAAAAGGGGAAAUUGAACUGAGGCUUGACGCAUGACAGGCCACCAACGAGGAGGGGAAGAACAAAGACAAAAACCAGGACAGUAACCUCCACAGCACCUUUAUAUGCCGUGCUGACGGUAACCCAUUUUCCCAUCAAAGGCGGUCAUAUAUAUAUAUAUAUAUAUGUAUAUAUUAAGUAGAACAACAUAGCAUGCUUGCUUCUGCUCCUGUGUGUUGUGUACGGAUCUGCCCGCGCACGCAUAUAUGUUUGUCCUGGCGCUCUGCUGUAUGUGAUGGUUUACCAUUAACCUUUUCUCUCGAAGGACAUGAGACAGCUCCUUUUUUUCCUGGGCGUCCAACGGAGAAGAGAAGCCUAGUCGAGUGCAGCGACACUUGGACACUUUUUGAAAUGCGGUCCUUCCAAAAAGUCAAUUCUUCAGGACAUCGAAUGCCUUCACUCAGUGAAUGGAUAUUACUGUAUGUUCUUCCGAUCGUGUAUCAGACGCGGUUUUUGGCGAGGGAUGCCCCUUCAGCUCGGCGGCAGGCUAAUUCGAGAGUGUAUCUCCCAAAAAGCUGCAUAACACUGAUUGCUCUGUCAGCUAUUACUUGACUCUAG